AUGCCUCGUCUCGCCCACCUCACCGCAGCCGCCCUCUGCCUCGUCUCCCCCGCGCUGGCCGCCUGCGACUACGGAACCCACCUCAACCCGCGACGCUCCGCCGGCGCCGCCGUCCCCAUCAGCACCUUUGGCUACACGGCGCUCGACGGGCCCCUGAACUGGCACGGCCUCAACGCCACGGCCAACGCGCUGUGCGCCACCGGCAAGCACCAGUCGCCCAUCAACAUCGACUCGUCCAUCAAGAAGAUUGCCGGCGGCUCGGUCGAGUUCGUCGUCGACGCGUACCCCUUUGGCGCCGAGUUUGAGAACCUGGGCACCACGGUCGAGGUGCCCGUCAACGGGACGCUCUGGGCCGACAAGAAGAUGUACAGCCUGGCGCAGUUCCACUUCCAUUCGUCCAGCGAGCAUCGGCUGGAGCAGGAGUACUUUCCCAUGGAGACGCACUUUGUGUUUUCCGCCCCUGACAAGUCCACGGCUGUCGUCUCGUUCUUGAUCGAGCUCGGCCUCCCCGACCCCCUGCUGACGGCCGUCUUCGCCUCCGUCGGCAUGAUUGCCACGCCCGGCUCGGCCACCACCACCGGCCCUCUCGUCUUUGCUCCUCUCGAGGCUCAUCUUAAGGCGAACCCCAUCUUCACGUACUCUGGGUCUCUGACGACUCCUCCCUGCACAGAGGGCGUCACCUGGUACAUCAGCAGCAAGCCUCUUCAGAUUGACCAGGCUACGUACGAGCGCGUCAAGGACGUGAUCAAGUUCAACUCUCGGUACACCCAGAACACUCUUGGCGAGACGAACCUGCUGGAGCACGCUGCCUCUCUUUUCAAGUGA